CAAACGCUCUCAACAACAAAAUAUCUCUUAUCCCAAAUUGUUAUCGCUUUCCUUUCUCUCUAAAAAGUAAACCCUAUCUCUCUCUGAAAAAGGAAAUGGCACCAAAGACGGAGAAGAAACCAGCAGAGAAGAAGCCAGCGGAGGAGAAAAAGACGGUGGCGGAGAAAGCACCGGCAGAGAAGAAACCAAAGGCCGGAAAGAAACUACCAAAGGAAGGAGGAGCAGCGGCGGCUGGGGACAAGAAAAAGAAGAGAACGAAGAAGAGCAUAGAAACAUACAAGAUCUAUAUAUUCAAGGUGUUGAAACAAGUGCAUCCUGAUAUUGGGAUCUCAAGCAAGGCUAUGGGAAUUAUGAACUCAUUUAUAAAUGAUAUAUUCGAGAAGCUUGCACAAGAAGCAUCGAGGCUUGCGAGGUAUAACAAGAAGCCAACUAUCACUUCUAGGGAGAUUCAGACUGCUGUUAGAUUGGUGUUGCCGGGUGAAUUGGCGAAGCACGCAGUAUCUGAGGGUACUAAGGCUGUAACAAAAUUUACUAGCUCUUGAAUUUGACGAUGAAUGAGGGCUUUGUUUUGUGUGUAUUGCUGUCUAGGGUUAGGGUUUAGGUGUUAGUAGAUUUGGGAUUUUUAUGAUUUCUAGCUUUUGUUUUAUUUUUUUGAAAAAUUUAUGUUUGGUGUUUGUAAUUGAAGGUUGGAUCUACCCGAUCCUGAAUUCCUGAUGUUUCUAGUAUUGUUAAAAAUGGAAUGAAAUACAAAAUUUGCCCAUUUAUGUA